AUGGAGAUGGAGACGAUGCCGCCUGGUGCGGCGCCACCAGAUCCACACAUGGAGGCUGCCAAUUCCGUGUUCACGUCACCGUUAGAGAUCGACGAGGGAACGGCGGAGCGGACCCUGCAGCAGGAUCCUUCGCUCACCGCCAGCACGGCGGCGGGCAGCGCGGCGUCGGAAAGUCGCAUGCCCGACACCACCGCAACACAACCGGCCACCAUCACUCCACCAACGGCGGCAGAACUCGCCAUUGCAACGACACUGUCGCCAGCGCCGUCGGCACCGGCGCCCAAUUUUUCGGUCCCAUCGAUCAUCCGCCGAUCAUCGUCGGCGGCCUCGCUCGGCAUGCUCAAGCUCGUCGACCCGCCGUCGGCGCUGCUGCCGCCAAUGACCACGACCGACCUCUCUCGGGUGCAGGAGAGCCUGCUGCGUGCCGACGAGGAGCUGCGCGUGGACUCUGCGCUCGACGCCACUUCCACCGGCCCAGUUCCAGACGCAGCUGCCCACACCCAUGGCGGCCGUUUGGCAGCAGCGGGCACGAGCUCGAGCCAAGCUGGGACCACUCCGGCGGCGGCGACGGCAGAGCGGUCGGCGCCCAUCGAUGGCGUCUCGGCCGCGACCGGUUCGGAGGGAGCACAGGCACUACCAUUGGCACCACCGCCGUCGGGCGACGUGCAGCCGAGCGCUUUCGCGAAUAGCAGCUUCGACCUGUUCUGCUUCAACGAGGGCAACUCGGAAGAGAUCGACACCAGCCGGGACGAAACAGAGGAGUCGCUGUCGCUGGCUCAUCACCAUCAGCAGCCGCACGACGCAGCGACCGCGAUCGCGACCCCGACCGUCCCUCCGGCCGAGAGCGCAGCAGGCAUCAAGGGCGAGGCGAUGGACCUCGACGACCACAACGACGGAUUCACCGGCAGUGGGCGCCCUGUCGACGAAAAAGGAGCGCAAAGCUUCGCCCUUGGGCAGACCAUGACGACAAGCGGCGGCGAGAACCGCGGUGGUGGUGAUGGCGGGCAGGCCCGGGAGGCCGACGACGACAUCGGCAUCUACGCCGAGGAGGAGAUCGGCGACGAAUGGGAGGAGGAGAUGGAGGCCGGCGGCGGCGGCGGUGGACUCGACGACAGCCGCGAGGACGAAGAGAAGGACGACAUGGCGACCACCACCGGGCUACACACAUCCGGCGGCGCCGGUGGCAAUGGCGACGUAUCGACACAACCGGGUUCGGUGAACGCCGGCGGUGGCGCUGGCGGUGGCCUGGCCCAGCAGGACGGCCUCGGGAGCCGCCUGCGAGGGGAGAAGGCCGACAAGGAGGGCGACCGGGACCAGAUGUGGAAGGCCAAGUUCGACCAGCUCAAGGAAUUCCACGACCAGAACGGCCAUUGCGAGGUCAAGGGAGGAAGAACAAGGCCCUGUCCGCGUGGAUCCGAAGACAGAGAGGAGAGGAAGGUCUUGUUGGAGGGGAUCGGCUUCGUGUGGGCGCAGCGCAACGGCAGCAAGAAGCCCGGCGGCGGCGGCGGCGGCGGCCAGAAGGGAGGCGGCGGGCGCCGCUAUUCGAUGUCUGCGGACCACCCGUCCUCCCAGGACGGCGGCGGCGACUCGGAGAACGAAAGCGACCUUGAGGCUGCGGCUGACGCCGAGGCCGAGGCCGAGGCCGCAGCCCUGCGGCGGCGCGAGGGCACCGCCGUCGCGGCGCUCGAGGGCGCCGACCGCGAGAAGCUCGGGCUCGAUCGCUACAUCAAGAAGCGGCGGGAGAGCCUAUCCGGCGGCGGCGGCAAGAAUCGAGGCGAGGCCGACGGCGGCUCGGGCUCGGGUGGCGGCGAGGAUUUUGACGACGACGAGCAGCAGGGUGCCGCCGGGGCGGCGGACAAGGGCUCGAGUAGCAGCAGCAGCAAGCGGCGGCGGGUGAAGAACUACAUGACCAAGGGGCGCACCGAUGCGUGGAUGCGCAAGUACGAGGAGUUCCGCAACAAGAACCUGCGCGGCGACUUCUCGUGGAAGGACAACGUCCAGCUCCGCGCCUGGGUCCGCCAACAGAGGUAUUUGUGGCGGAACGGGAAGCUGAGCAAGGAGCGGUACCACAUGCUCAACAAGGCCGGGUUCGACUGGGAGCCGGAGAAGGGCAAGAAGGAGCGGCGGCGGCGGAGCGGCGGCAAGGCCAAGCUCCGAAAACAAAACGACGGGGCCGAUCUGAGCGACGACGGCGAGGAGUGGCUCGACGACGAAGACGUCGACUGGCUCGACCACGACCACGACGAGCAGGAGCCGGACGACGAGCUGGGCCUGAUGAUGAUGGACCGCGAUGACGCCGACGGCGACGGCGAUCAGGAGCAGCAGGAGCGGCUCGAGGAGGAGGACGAGAUGGUGGCCCUCAUCAUCCGACACGUCGACGAGAUCGGGAAGAAGAACGAGGAGAAGCGCCGCGAGUGGGAGCGCGAGGAGGAGGAGCGGCGGCGGCGCGACGACGAGCGGCAGCGGAUCGAGACCGAGUGGGCCGCCAUUCAGGGCGAGUGGCACGAGAUCGAGCGCGAGCGGCGCAAGCUCGACUGCGAGGAGCUGGCGAUGGACCGCAAGCGGCGGCGAAUCGGCGAGAAGAAGCGCACGGUGCGCGAGGCCGAGUCGCGCGUGCGCGAGCUGCUGGCCAAGAGCGAGGCCCUGCACCAGCGGCUCGACGCCGACCGCGCGGAGCUGGACGAACAGCGUCGGCGCAUGGCGGCCGGCGAGCGCGAGGAGCAGCGGCGCAUCCAGCGCGAGCGCGAGCUGUGGCACGCCACGCGCGAGCGCCUCGAACACGACAUCCGCGAGCUCACCACCCGACUGGCACUUAAGGAGGCUGCUGUCAACGCGAGCACCACCACGACCGCCGCGACCGGCGCGGAAUGGGGCACCGGCGGCGUCAAGCACGAAUUUGGCGGGACUGCAGAGGCGACGCCGGCGGCCGCGGGUGAUGAGAAAGAGACCACCACCACCGGCGGCGGUGGACACCACCACUACACGCGGAAGCGAAAGCGGGCGGAGAGCCCGGCGACGAAAAGCGACGCCGCGGCCGGUGGCGAGUCAGAGUCAACGACGAUGACGGCGGCUGCUGGCGGUCCCUCACCCACCACCACGACACCGUCGUCGUCAACGGCGGCGGCGACGGCCAUGGCUGCGGGCGAGAUCCUGCUGAGCAACAGCGGGCGUCCGAAGCGACAGAAGAAGGGCGGCGACGCCCACAAGCCAACAGCAGCAUCAACAGCGCCAACAACAGCACCAACCACGGGCCCGCCAGCAACACCAGCAACAUCGACAACACCAACAUCAACGUCGGCGGCGCUGGCGAGCAGCUCGGCCAUCAAGGCCAACGGCAAGAAGGACAAGAGCGAACGAGAGCAUCGCGCUUCGCCCGAGGCCAAUGGGAACGGCAGCGCGGGGAAGGUCUCAUCAUCACCAUCUUCAUCCGCCUCCUCUUCAUCGUCUUCAUCAUCAACAGGGAGCGGUUCGAGGUCGACCUCGGCGGCGAACGGAGCGACGCCAGCGGCCACCUCGAUCAGCUCGACGCGACGGAAGAAGCGACGGAGCACCGGCGGCGGCGCGACGCUUCACGGCAACGGCGACGCCGUCCUGCCCGAACGAACAGUCCAGCCCCAUCAGUGCUGA